AUGGCCGGAAAAGGAGAGGGACCGGCUAUCGGAAUCGAUCUCGGAACCACCUACUCCUGUGUAGGAGUCUGGCAACAUGACCGAGUUGAAAUCAUUGCCAACGACCAAGGUAACAGAACCACGCCUUCUUACGUCGCUUUCACUGACUCCGAACGUCUCAUCGGUGAUGCCGCUAAGAACCAGGUCGCCAUGAACCCUAUCAACACCGUCUUCGAUGCAAAGAGGUUGAUUGGGCGUAGAGUCUCUGAUGCAUCUGUUCAGAGUGAUAUGAAGUUGUGGCCUUUUAAGAUUGUUGCUGGUCCCGCUGAAAAGCCAAUGAUUGUUGUUAACUACAAGGGUGAAGAUAAGCAAUUUGCAGCUGAAGAGAUCUCUUCAAUGGUUCUGAUGAAGAUGCGUGAGAUUGCUGAAGCUUACCUUGGCUCCGCAAUUAAAAAUGCUGUCGUUACUGUCCCAGCUUACUUUAAUGAUUCCCAGCGUCAAGCUACUAAGGAUGCUGGUGUUAUUGCUGGUCUUAAUGUCAUGCGAAUCAUCAAUGAGCCCACUGCUGCUGCCAUUGCAUAUGGGCUAGACAAGAAAGCCACAAGUGUUGGUGAAAAGAAUGUCUUGAUUUUUGACCUUGGUGGUGGUACUUUUGAUGUUUCUUUGCUUACUAUUGAAGAGGGUAUCUUUGAGGUCAAAGCCACUGCCGGAGACACCCAUCUUGGAGGUGAGGAUUUCGAUAACAGGAUGGUGAACCACUUUGUUCAAGAGUUCAAGAGGAAGAACAAGAAGGACAUCAGUGGCAACCCUAGGGCACUCAGGCGAUUGAGGACUGCAUGUGAGAGGGCGAAGAGAACUCUUUCAUCUACUGCCCAGACUACCAUUGAAAUUGACUCUCUAUUUGAGGGAAUUGAUUUCUACUCCCCCAUUACUCGUGCCAGAUUUGAGGAGCUCAACAUGGAUCUCUUUAGGAAAUGUAUGGAACCAGUUGAGAAAUGUUUGAGAGAUGCCAAGAUGGACAAAAAGAGCAUCCAUGAUGUUGUCCUUGUAGGUGGUUCUACCAGAAUUCCAAAGGUUCAACAACUUUUGCAGGAUUUCUUUAAUGGAAAGGAGCUAUGCAAAAGCAUUAAUCCUGACGAGGCUGUUGCAUAUGGAGCCGCAGUCCAAGCUGCAAUCUUGAGUGGUGAGGGCAAUGAGAAGGUGCAGGAUCUUCUCCUUCUUGAUGUUACCCCUCUCUCUCUUGGUUUGGAGACUGCUGGAGGUGUGAUGACUGUUUUGAUCCAAAGGAAUACCACCAUUCCAACAAAGAAAGAACAGGUUUUCUCAACCUAUUCUGACAACCAGCCUGGUGUGUUGAUCCAAGUCUUUGAAGGAGAGAGAACAAGGACUAGGGAUAACAAUCUGUUGGGUAAAUUUGAACUUUCGGGCAUUCCUCCUGCUCCCAGAGGUGUUCCCCAAAUUACCGUGUGCUUUGACAUUGAUGCCAACGGUAUAUUAAAUGUCUCUGCUGAAGACAAGACUACCGGACAGAAGAACAAGAUCACCAUCACAAAUGACAAGGGCAGGCUAUCAAAGGAUGAUAUUGAAAAGAUGGUUCAAGAGGCUGAGAAAUACAAGUCUGAGGAUGAAGAGCAUAAGAAAAAGGUUGAGGCCAAGAAUGCAUUAGAAAACUAUGCAUACAACAUGAGGAACACCAUUAAGGAUGAUAAGAUUGCAGGUAAACUUGAUUCAGCUGACAAAAAGAAGAUCGAGGACGCCAUUGAACAGGCUAUCCAGUGGCUGGACAGCAACCAGCUUGCCGAGGCCGAUGAAUUUGAGGACAAGAUGAAGGAACUUGAAGGCCUCUGCAACCCUAUCAUUGCCAAGAUGUACCAAGGUGGUGCCGGUCCAGACAUGGGUGCUGCUGCGGCUGAUGAAGAAUAUGCUCCUUCUGGUGGAAGUGGUGCUGGUCCCAAGAUUGAGGAAGUCGACUAA